AUGAAUCUCUCAAGUUACUAUGAAAACGACGCCAUUUUGAGCUUAGGGGAAUACGCUAAGGGGGUUGGACGCAUGUUCUACCUCGUAAGCCCUAAGGACCAUUUAUAUGAGGAUGUUGAUAGCGUUCCUAACAUAUACGUACAGUCAUGGCCUUACUUCCUUAUGUUCAUGAUUUUGGAGCACAUUAUACUGAAACUGGAAGGGAAGAAGGGCAUCAGGCUCAACGAUGGCAUUACCAGCAUUUCUAAUGGACUCUUCUUAGAAGGCGGCAGGUUAAUCUGGCGUGGUGCGGAAGCAUAUCUGUACACUUGGGUAUACACACAUUAUAGACUGAUAGAUUUACCAUGGAAUCACACUGCUACGUGGUUCUUAGCUGCUCUAGGAGUCGACUUCUGCUACUACUGGAUGCACAGAGCUUGCCACGAGAUCCACAUCUUAUGGGCACAGCAUCAAGUACAUCAUACGUCUGAAGAUUUUAACAUGGGCGUUGGUAUCAGACAGUCUAUACUCCAGGGCUGGUGUGGAUUCACCGCAGACAACACUUUAUCGUUUAAUUACAUUUGCCAGUUGAUGUACGUGCCACUUGCGUUGGCAAUCCCGCCUGCGCAGUUCGUGCUGCAUCACCAGUUCAGCUACCUGUACAUGUUCUGGAUCCACACUGAAUCCGUCAAGACCCUCGGACCUCUGGAGCUCCGCAAUACGGUGGUAUUGCAAGGCUUUCAAAUAAUUACAGUUGGAGAUAUCGAUAUCCAGUCGUCGGUUCCAUUCAAUUCCAUUAUCGGUAGUAAUCCUUACUGCAUCGAUGUGAAUUACGGUGGGGUAUUAAUUAUUUGGGAUAAACUCUUCGGCACAUUUAGACCAGAAAAGGAAGGUGAUAGAAUUGUCUACGGACUAAUAUAUAACCAACCAUCUUUCAACCCACUUCAUUUGCAGACUUUCUACACUGGAUAUGUGGUGAGCAGGUUCCACAGCUACAACAACUGGGAACACAAACUGAGGGCUGUAUUCAGCAGACCGAGCUGGAAGCCUGAGAAUGCUAUAAGAUUCAAGGAUAUGGCUGAAGACCCGGCGAUCCAUACUAGAAUCAAAUAUGACGUCAUUCUGCCAAGAUGGUGUAGCGUGUAUUUGCUCACUCAUUACGCUCUGGUCCUCUUUGGAUUCCAUCAUCUAUUCACAAUUCAUUCGAUGAUGCCGCCAUUCACAGUACUCGUACUGACUUUGUACAUCCUCGGCUCCUUGACAGUGUUUGGUAUGAUACUGGAUGCGUCACCGCGAGCUCCUGCAUACGAAUUGACCAGAUGCUCCCUGAUAAUUAUUCUGGGUUACUUCCUGAAUCCAGCUUACGGUGUAAUUAAUGCGCCAUUGCAACUGUUUUAUUUGACGUCUGGCUUGUUUUGGUUCAUAUUCGUUUACAAGACUGAAGAAAUCAAAUCUGUUAAGCAAGGCAUUUGA